AUGAGCCGGUCCACUUCCGCCCUCUCGCGGUCCCCGUCCUCGUCAACCCAACGGCCGUCGGCCCCCGAAUUAAGUCCUGUCCUCGAUAGAUUGACAGUUAUCUGCGGGGAGGAUAUAGUAACGUCUCAGAUUGCCUCCACUGCAACCGAAUGCCUGCUUCGCCUUCGUCACACAUUCAUCGAUAACAAGCACCCAACAGAGGCAAAGGAGACCUUCCGACAUCUGCAUGGGUUUCAGACCCUGCUAGACCUUCUACGAAAGAUCUCACAAGGUUAUGAUUCGCAAGCGUCAUCCAAGGAUGAGAGGAAGGAUCUGCUAUCCGUGUACAAAGAUGCGUUGGCAGUUCUGGCCGAGAGCUUGAGGGAGCAUGUCGGGAACAAAAGGUACUUUGCGAACCGGAUCGCCGGGGGAGGUGAAGUGGCAUUGGAAGAAGCUUUCACGAUCUUGGCUAGGAAGGUAGACUCCAUCCAAGGUGAUACGGAGCAAUUUUACGGUGCGAUCUUAGCAGCGGCCCUUUGCCAGGAGACAGUUGCCAGUAUAUUCACAACCCUGAGUACUAAAUUCCAAACUGCCGAGGAGCUAUCUUUGGAUGGCAUUAGAGAAGAAGUGGACCGAUGCGUAGGAAAAUCAGAAACAGUCGAAGUGCCAGAGCUCCUGGGCCCAUUUGUUCGAGUAUGGCUUACCCAGUCGUCUGCCUCCAUAUCCGAGCACAGAGUCCAGAGACUAGCCGUGCCGGCAUGUCUAGUCCAACUCGCCGCACAGUCUCAGAGGAAUAUCACGAUGCUGCACUCCACUGGCAUUAUAACACUGAUUCUGCCGCUCUUGUUCAACGAGGAACGCCCGGAACCCGAGAGACAACUCUAUCAAGAGUUAGCAAAAAUGCUCUGUGCUCUGGGAAUCAGUAACUUGAAUGAUGUGGCUGCUUUAUACCAACAAGCCCAUGAUUGCCCCAAGGUCCUUCAGUUCCUGGUUGAUGUUUUGAAGUGCUCCAAGGAACCUCCUUCAAUACAGUUCGAUUUAUCGUUGCAUGGUUAUUGCUCUUUAGAGUUAUCAACCAUGGGCCGCUCAUUCCCACCUGCAACUUCUUCUGGUUAUACUCUAGCAGUCUGGGCCCGCUUUGACCAGUUUGACAAGAAUACUCACACGACAAUCUUUGGAGCCUUUGAUGCCAGCCAAACUUGCUUCCUGCUCGCAUACCUUGAAAAGGAUACUCGCAACUUUAUAUUGCAGACCUCGAUCAAGGGAGCUCGUCCUAGCGUUCGAUUCAAUUGCGAUACCGCAAGCUUGGAUGACGCGAGUUGGCGCAUCGGCGGCUGUGCGGCGGUUCAUUUGAGCUUGGUUCAUGCGGCCAGGAGUGCUGAAUCUACACUUUUGGCGGUCGAAGCGCUGUAUGAAGCUGUACAAGACAAUUGGCGAAAUAGCGAAGCAAUGGAAAAGGAGAAUGGUUAUGGAAUCCUUGCGGCAUUGUUGCGCGAAAAGCUGGCAUGGCCAGCAACGGGUGCUACUACGGGCUCGAAGACGUCCAACGUCUGCUCCACAUACGAAGAGCGAUCUACACUGGCAUUCGACCUCCUUCGUUUGACCCUUAAGUUUGUCGGCUAUGAUUUUGACCAACCGAAUCGCUCCAUCAUCACGAACCCACUAGCAUAUAGAGUCUUGCUCGUUGACCUGGAGGUGUGGAGAUAUGGCGAGAUGUCUCUUAUUGAGUUGUAUUAUUCCCAAUACUGCAUAUUCGCCAGUGAAAGCAAGUUCCGUCGGUUCAAUGCAAAGCGCCUCGCCCGCAUGCGUGUUAAUAAAAAGCUACUCGAGGCUCUUAAGGGUGAGGAAUUUACAAUGGAGGGACUGCGACUGUUUACUUCGGCCUUUGGAUCAUUGAUGGAGGGCUGCCUGUCAGCAGAUUUGCUCCGUUUCCUAGCACUCUUCAUCACCUAUGGUAUCCACAAGCCAAAGGAGCCAAGCAGGUUACAGAAAAAGAAGAGCCUCCGAUUCACUACUGCUGCAAGGCAGCCCACGCCCAAUCCCGAUAAGAAGUACGUUUCAAGCACUACGAUAGCGAUAGAGAUGCUUAGGAUGUAUUGCUCUCUUCUAUGCAAUGCACAUGACCUGGGGCCGAUUAAGAGGUUUGCUAAAGCUGUUACAAACAAGUGGCUUUUAUACCUCAUGUGUGAGGACGAACCUGAGAUUGUCAUUUUGGCGACGAAGAUCAUGGCUCGUUUGAUAGUAAUCCACGGGGCCAGCUACAGCAAGAAGUUCAACGAUAAGACUGGCGGUUAUAUUAUAAUGCGACACUAUCUAAAUAAAUGGUGGAGCAUCCCAAUAAUGUGGCCUAUCUGCUUUUCUAUACUAUUUGGUGUUGAUAUUGGCAAGGCCAAUGUUGAUAAACCAUUUGAUCAGCUUUCUCUUUCCGAGCUUUUCUGCCUCAAUGGGGAAGCCCAGGUUGUCUAUCCUGAGAUGCUCCCAGUCAUCUCCGACAUGUUGCAGUCUGGACUGAAGCAAACAGUAUUCGCCGAGGACUUCUCGAUGGUCAAUGAACAGAACCCCGAUGCUCUCCAGGAUCGACUCGCUCAAAUCACCAAACCGUCCAUGUCAUCUCCUACACCUGCCGGUACUACGGGUGCACAACUGUCGCUUUUAACCUCUAUUGUUGAUUUUUUUGCUCUAGCGCAGAUAAAGUCACAAAGCUACCGUGAAUUUGCAGCACGCCCUGAAUACGUUCAAAGCCUAGUUUCUAUACUUUUCCCCGUUGUUAUCGGCUCCGAUCCCGUGAGUCCGAAUGUUGAAUUGAGCUCUCAUACGGGUAGUCUAGCGUUUGAUGAUCAUAAUUUGGUGUCUCGCCCACGAUCACGAAGGACAUCUGAACUACGAACAACGACUGUCGAACAGCCUGGGAGCCAUGAUGAUAGUGGUGGACCUCUCAGACGUGGUUCAUCUUUCAUCCUAGUCACCUCCGAUCGAGGGAAGCAUAUGCCAUCCUCUCUUCGCAUACGUCGUGCUUUUCCGCAUGUGAGAAUUGAAAGCAAAGGCACGACUAGCCAUCCUUUGAUAACUGCUAUCCUUAAUCUAGCCCUUGCUGUGUUUUCGGAGCAGCUCCUGGAAAGGAAGGAGUUCUCUGGUCUUGGACUCUACCUUAGGACGCCUCCAGGAUUCCCCGAGCACCAGGCGUACUUCAACUCCUGGGUGUUGCGCAGCCUUCUAUCUACACUCCAGGAUGCCAUAUUCUCAAGGGUCGAGUUGUUGUCCGAACCACGCGUGCUAACUAACUUGGGGCGCUUCGCAACGCAUUUAGGGGAAGCAGUCUAUGAGGGUUGGUUUGUUGACGGCGCCACAGCUACUCUUGAAUUCGCAGGAACAAUCUUGGAAUAUCUGCAACGACCUGAGGUCUCGCGCCUAAAAAGUAUACGGCUUUGCAGUCAGGCGAUAGCAACAAUUCGUUCGACAGUAUUUCGUGUGGUUUUAUUGGGGCUAUCAGAAGUUGAUGGGACAGAGGCACUUUCAUUCCUAAAACGGCUCUCAUAUUGGCAGGUCGUACUGCUUUCUGGGGAAACUCAGCCCGAUCAUCUGCAGUUACUGUGUUAUCUUCUCUACACGAAAUUAAUCGACAGGAAUGAAAAUGUACGCCUAGCGACGGCCGGUCUUUUUAGAAUCAUGCUAGUGCAAAAGCCGAUAGAGAUGUCCGCCAUCCUAAGCCAAGCGACACCGCCUUUACAGCAGCGUCUUUCCGGUGGAUUUGAGGCUCUUGUUGGCAUGGAUGAUAUUGCCUUUUUGCAAUGGGUUGACGACCAGGACGACGAUCUGAACGCUCUGUUCUUCGGAAUCCUAUCAAAAGCUUGGGAAACUUUUGUCCAAGAAGAAAAUACGAGUUCAGAGUCAUCAGCUCGCAGUCGAAUUUCUAGGCGUCAAGAAAAGCUGAAACAGUGGGGCCAGGUGGAAAAGCUCGGUGAAGAAGUGAUACGCAAGCACGAGGCUACAUUCCCUCACUGGGUAUCGAACAUAUCAGCCUCAGAGUUUCUGAAGUAUCAAAGAGCACUACAGGAUCAAGCGGAUAGUUCCACAUUUAUGUGGGCGGCACUGGCGCAUCUGAAUAUGGACUUGCGACGUUAUGGGGGUGUUUUUGCUGAACAGAAGGAGCGAAGAUGGCGCCUUGACCAAACUGAAGGGCGAAGCCGUAUGCGACUACGUACUGUACCGGAUGAUUCAGGGGAUCGUCAAGAUUAUCAACCGAAACGGAAGGCUUCAGAGCCUCCGGCGAUGAGGUUAGACACAAAUGUCACAUCUUCAAACGGUGACUCUCUGGGUCUGACUCCCACUGCCAUGGCUGCCGACCACUCGGAGGGCAAUCCUCAGGGUAUUGGUCCCGACAGUAGGAGCGUAUUUGAAGAAAGCUUCGAGAUGAUUGACGACCCGAAGGCUGAUCUUGAAGAAUACGAAGACAAGAACAGAAAGGUCAUGAGAAGCCUUCACCGUGGUGACCAAGUCGAUAGCGUAUGCAACAUGUCUCGCAUUGUCGGAUUGGAGGCAUGUGAAGGCCUUUUAAUCCUUGGGAAAGACCACAUCUACAUUCUAGAUAACUUUUUCCAGAGGUCAGAUGGCGAGAUUGUCAAUGUCUGGCAAGCUCCUACAGAGGAACGAGACCCUUAUGUUCGCAUGAUCACUGGCCGGGAAUCCAAUGAACGUAAAUCACAGGAGCAUGAAACUAGAAGUUGGAAGUGGUCGGACCUGAUCAGCGUCUCCAAGAGGCGGUUUCUUUUUCGUGAUGUGGCCCUCGAAAUAUUCUUUACUGACGGAACUAGCUAUUUGCUGACCCUCAUCUCGUCGCCCGCUCGGGAUAACCUUUGCAGCCAACUUGCAACUAAGGCGCCGCAAGUGACAGGGAGCGUUGGCCACUCGCGACCGGAAGAUGUCUGGAGAUUCGAAACCCUUCGGAGCCCGGAAGAUGCACCUCAGUCUCUUGGGUCAAGAUUUGCUAGUGUCUUUGGUCAUUCACCGGCGCAUCCUGCAACCCGGAAGUGGGUGAAGGGUGAAAUUUCUAACUUUCAUUAUCUCAUGCUUAUCAACACCCUCGCUGGAAGGACAUUUAACGAUCUGACCCAGUACCCUGUUUUCCCUUGGGUGCUUGCUGAUUAUACAAGCGAGGAGCUGGAUUUGACUAACCCACAAACCUUCCGUGACCUAUCGAAGCCUAUGGGUUGUCAAACUCCUGAGCGAGAGGGCGAGUUCAGAGAACGAUACAAAGCUUUCGCAGAGAUGGGGGCGGGCGAUUCUCCUCCAUUUCAUUACGGAACUCACUAUUCUUCAGCAAUGAUUGUCAGCUCAUAUUUAAUCCGUCUUCAGCCGUUUGUAAAGUCAUACCUCUUACUUCAGGGUGGCACAUUCGAUCAUGCUGACCGUCUUUUCUACUCUAUUGGAAAGGCUUGGGAAUCCGCUUCACGCGGGAACAUGUCGGACGUGAGAGAGCUUAUACCCGAAUUUUUCUACCUCCCUGAAUUCCUCGUCAAUUCCAAUAAAUUUGAUUUUGGAGUCCUACAGAACAUGACUACUGCGAUUGAUUCUGUGGAAUUGCCACCAUGGGCCAAGGGCGAUCCAAAAAUCUUUAUCCAAAAACAUCGUGAAGCGUUGGAAAGCCCUUAUGUGACUCAGAAUCUGCACCAUUGGAUUGACUUGGUAUUUGGUUGCAAACAGAAAGGCGAGGCCGCCAUUGAAGCGGUCAAUGUUUUCCAUCACCUGUCAUACCAAGGGGCCAAAGAUGUUGAUGCUAUCGACGACCCUGUGGAACGACUAGCUACAAUUGGCAUCAUUCACAACUUUGGGCAGACACCAUACCAGAUCUUCAAUCGCCCUCACUCUCAGAGGGAGGAUGUACGACACAAGGUCGCACGACUGGAUCGCCUCGCUGAGUCUCUUACACAGCAGCCACUUUCACUUCUAGACAUCGGUGAACGGGUAUCUUCGCUUUCAAUGAAGCAGGAUCGAUUGUUGUGUGCUGCAGCUCUCAGGUUAAAUAUCCCACCGGCUUAUGAUAAGUAUAUGGAAUGGGGCUUCUUCGAUGGUAGCGUGAGAUUCUAUUCCGCGGAUAGUCGAAAGCUUCUUGGACACUUCGAACAUCUUCAUAUUGGCCAGCUAUCAGCUGCAGUAUUUGCAGAUUCUCGUACGCUAGUCACCUCAGGAGCAGAUUGUACCGUCUCGACAUGGACCUUCACCUCCACAGCAAAGUCUGUAGAUUUGCAACCUGCAGGAUCUCUCUUCGGACAUCGCUCGCCUGUCACGGUCUUAGCAGUGUCGCGGUCAUUUAGUGUUCUUCUUUCUGCGUCUACUGAUGGUCAAAUCAUGCUUUGGGAUCUCAACCGCCAAACCUUCGUUCGCGAGCUUCCAGCCAAAGGACAUGUAGAUUGUGCGAGAAUCAACGAUGUGACAGGGGAUAUCGCAGUCUGUCGGGGAAGUCGUAUCAGCCUCUACACACUCAAUGGAGCACUAUUGCUAGACCAGGCUGUGUGCGAGUCAGACGAUGAUCAAGUGAUGUCCUGUGUCUUCUACGAGGGCAUCAACAAUGAGUGGCAGGAGCGAGAGCUUCUCUUCACUGGUCACCGGCGAGGUGUCGUCAAUAUAUGGAAUAAAAUCGUUCACAAUGGACGUUUCGAGUUUGAAUUAAUUCGACAACUUCAUCAUACCGACAGCAGUCGUGACAAUGGUGCUAAUAUCUCCUCCGGUAUUAGCUGUAUUCUUACGCUGCCACAUGUGGUCUACACUGGAGAUGAAGCAGGGAAAGUGUAUGAAUGGAGCUGUGUCCAGCGUCGUUAG